AAAAAAUGAAAUACAACAGUUUUUUUGUGGUUCAUAUUAAAUGUGAAAGGUUUUUUGCAAAAUAUGUGGUGUGAGUUUCAUUAUAAUACGAAUGUGGUGGACGUAGUAGAAAUAAAUACGAACUAGCGCUGUACGUUCCAAGACAUCAGAGUUGUUUUCUUUUCUGUUCUAACACGGAAAAUGCUGAAGGCAGACAAUAAAACAGCGAUCUUUUCAUUUUGCUAAGAGGCGUAAUGGUGCUUAAUGACGGAACAAUGAUCUCCGAUGACGAAAAAGUAGCUCUGGCCAACAUCUGCCGCGAUUAUGUCCGAGGUUGCUGCGUCCGAGAAAAUUGUCGGUAUACUCACGAAAAGCCACCUUUGAGUCGUUUAAAAGAAUUGUUCCGGUUUUGUCACGACUAUCAGAAUAAAGGAUGUUUCAGAAACAAUUGCAAGUUUCUACAUUUCACGCUGGAAGAGGAAGCGCAUUUCUAUUCAACGGGCAACUUUCCUCAGACAGAUCCUCGGGAACAUGGAAUGAUCCCAGUAUGCCAGGCGUAUUUACACGGGUCCUGCUCCAAUCCUGAAUGCAAGUUGAUUCACCCUCUUCAUCCAGCCAACAAUGAACGCCGUCCCGAGCUAAACAUGCCACCACCACAUUACAAUCGUCCACCACAUAUGCUAAGAGAUGAAGACUCACCCCCUGAAUGCAAAGUAAGGCGCUACACUUACGAAGACGUGGCCAUAGAGAAUCAAAUGCCUGCACCAAAUAUAUGCCAAAACUGUGACUCCUUAGACCAUAAAGUUAAGCUACUACAUGAUAACAUAAGUGUUUUGCUGAAGAAAGUAGCAGAUUUGACGGAAAAAAAUGUUCAAUUGACUUCCAUGAAUGAGUUUUUACUGGAGCAGGCAGCUGCAAAUAGGGGUGAACAGUCAUGCAUUAUUACAUCCCGCCAUGGAACUUCAGCUCCGGUGUCCUUAGCUACAGUUAGCAUGACACCUGUAGUGAGUCUCUCUGGUGCAUUGCCUACUUUAGUUCCUGCUGCGGCAACACCAAAUUUAGCACUGGCGCCAGCGGCAUCCAGAGCUCAGUUGCUAACUCCCGCCCCACAAUUGUUGACAGUAAGUACAACACAACAGUUGAUGGGUAAUUCGGGAGCACUCAUUGUGACUAGUGCGGGUGCCCAGCAGUUAAUGCAAGUGAGUGAUUCAGGGACUUUGAUGGGUGCUGGACAGACAGUAGUAGCAGUGACGCCGGCACAGUUGACACUGGCGCCGCCGCCACAGCAACUCAUGGGGAAUGCGUCACAAACGACAGUUCAGCAGCUUGUGCAGCAGACGGCACUCCCGCAGCAGCUAGCGGCGCAGCAACAGCAGUUUACGGCACAGCAGUCCGUGCAGCACCUUGCUGCGGCGCAGCAGAACGCCCAACACCUGGCAGCGCAACAGUCGGCGCAGCAUUUAGCGGCGGCGCAGCAGUCCGCACAACAACAAUUAGCGGCGGCGCAGCAAUCCGCGCAACAACACUUGGCGGCACAACAAUCGGCGCAGCACUUAGCCGCACAACAGUCUCAGCAGUUAGCUCAGCAAUCAGCCCAGCAGCUGGCUGCUCAACAGGUCCCAUCGGCCCAGCAACUUGUACACCAAACCUCCACUCAGCAGAUUACCAUCUCCAGCACUAGCCAGCCAAUGGCUCUUCCUAAUUCGCAAAACCAGCCUUUAACAUUUCCAAUUAUAUCGCAGAGCAUAUUGCCCCACUGACUUUAUAACAUUCUGAGUUAAGAUUAACUAUUUAUUAGAUUAGGCCAUGGGUCUCCAAACUGGGCCUAAUAUGCCAAAGGACAGACAAAUUUAGCUUUGUGGAACUUGGAUCAAAAAGUUAGGAGACCCUUUAUUUAAGUGCUUGCUUGUGAUUAAAUUGUUAAAAUAAUGUUUGAAUUUACUUUUAGUGAAUCAUGUGAAGUAUGUGAACAACAGUGGAUUUUUUUUAUUGUUUUAAUUUUGCAGUGUGUUGUUUUAAAUCCUGUAAUGAUAUUUAAUUGUAUGUCCUACUACAUCAUACAUAGGGAAAAAUCUCAGUACACAGGCUAAUGCAGAGGUAAACAUAGUAGAAUAAUGCAGCUAUACAAGAAUAUACAUAAGAAUGUUAAUCAUGCAUAUUUUCUAUAAAUAAAUAUGAUAUUAAUGAUUACAUAAUUAUCACAUAGCUUUGAGAUAUAAACCCCUUUUUGCAUUGUAGUAAUAACGAUGUUAUGCCGUUCUUGUUAUGUAAUCACAUGCCAAAUAUUACUUCAAAUAUAAACACUUGGCCCCCAUUCGCACGGUAGCUUAUUCGACGCGCGUUAAAAAAGCGUUUCAAUGACACAAAUGGUAACCAUGUAUGUUUUCACACGACAGCCGCUUGACGCUGACGUGACGCUUUUUAUCAAACGUUGUUGGAUUUUCGGUCUUGGUCGUUAAGUCGAAUUUAGAGUGUAGUGUAGACAGAUUCAAGCGCUUUUUUAACGCGCGUUGAAAAAGCUAUCGUGCGAAUGGGGGCUUAAGAGCCUGUUUUACUGUCAAUUCUAAUGUAUCAUAGAAAUAGAGAAUCCUCAGUCUGAAAUGCUGGUGUUACUACACUAUACAGCUCUUUUUAACAUUAGUCUAAUGUUGCUAUGUUGUAUACGAUUGUGUAUAGGGAUCAUUACCUAGUUAUCAUCUGUAAAUAAGCAUAAGGGUGGUAUUCCGCCUGUCGAAUAUCUUUGUCCAAUGUCGUUGCCUCUCACUCUCUCAUUAAAGCAAAACAUGAGAUGCAAUACACAUUGGACAAAGAAAUUGGAUAGGUGGAAUACGAAUUGAAUACGAUAAAUAUUAGUUAUUUAUUUGUGAGAUACCGUGGUUUUGUAGUUAAAUAGAGCCACAAAGGGUCAUAACAUAGAUAACCCAUGUUUGACGGUUCUGCCAGGCUGUUCCCCCUGGCGUGCUUACACUGCUUGUAUUGCUGCAUUUUAUUUUGUGUAAUCACACCCCUUCAUCGUCAGGUUCAGGUGACAAGCAAAACUUACUAAUUAAUAAAAAAUAUUAAACAAAAAUCAACCUUAUUUAGGUAUCAAUAUGGUUCACUAUGGCUAUUAACUUGUGGCAGUCAUUAAUGAGUUUUGGUUUUCACCUGACGAUAUUUAAGUUAGGUAACAUUUUACUAUUAUUGAUAAAGAUAAACAAAACCGUGUCUAUUGAUUGGAUGCUACAAUAAGAGAAUAGCCCAAAAAAUAGUGUGUUAAAUACAUUUUAAUGAAAUGUUUUUUUUACUGUGAACUGGAAAAUAGGGUAAAUCCACCAAUGAUCGAUAGUGGCACCCAAAUAAAAGGUUGAACAUGCCAAUAACCGAAGGCUACAACGGAUAGCUUUCUGGUUUUACCCUGUUUUCCCAUUUUAGAAUCUAAAUGAGAUGUCAUGUAAGAGAUUUUACUUUUACGUGGCUUGGUGAUAUUGAGCUAUGUUAAGCAAUUGGCUGUAUAAUAGGUAAUAAUUUAAACUAUUAAAAUAAAACGAAAUGUUCCGUACAAA